UAUAUCCAUGCUGCAGGGAAUCCAGGAGCACAGAGGCACCAUGGUGACCGUGCAGAUUUUGCUGCUGACUGUGGUUUUGAUCUUGCCCUCUGUGGAGGGUUUGUUCUUUAGGAAUCCUCAGUACAGUGUCACUCUUGACCAGCUUCUAGGAAAAUGGUAUAUAACUUGCUGGGUGGGAAACCUGCCUAUUCCUGCAAAGAAGAAGUUUACCCCACUGCCUCCCUUCAUUUUUGUCAAAAAUGUAAUUGGCAAGUUGGAGUUUAGGAUGAACAUCUCAAAACCCAUCGGUUGUGUUCAGUACAAGGUAUAUAUGGAUGAAGAUAAAUAUCAUUCUAAUAUCUUCUACAUCUGGCCAAAGUUCUCAGUCAUCUUUGCAUUCAUUGGUGGGACGGACUUUGCUAUUGCUACCCAUGUAGGCAGAUUCAACACUGAAAUGGAAAAGGUGACAAUGCUCAUGGGUCGAAAUAUGGCACCAAGGCCAACAGUGCUAUUGGAUUUUGAGGAUUUUGUAGAAAGCCUACUAUUGAACAAAAUAGACAUCAUCAACCCUGGAUGUGAUGAUUCCUGUGAGUUGUCCAGACAAACCUAGUGAAUGGAGAAAGUACCACAGAAUCUGCAUAGGAACUGUGUUCUGCCACUCCUUCACUCAUUCCCUGUUUCUGUAGAAAGAACGCCAGCUGUCAAGAGAAGACAUGUCCAAAUCCACAUUUUCUUCCCCCCCAAAGCCUCAGCUUUCAGUAAAAAUGGUAAAUAUUCCUUGUUUUGUGUUUGACAUCUAA